UCGGCGGGCCGGGCCGCUCUGGCCGGCCGGGGCAGCCGCGCGGGCGCCAUGGCAUGCGUGUUGGUGUUCGUGUACGGGACACUGAAAAGCGGCCAGCCCAACCACGCGCUGCUGCUGGACCGCGCCAACGGCUGCGCCACCUUCCGGGGCUGCGGGCGCACCCUGGAGCCCUUCCCGCUGGUGAUCGCCGGGCCGUACAACAUCCCCUACCUGCUGCAGCUGCCGGGCACUGGCCACUGCGUGCGGGGUGAGGUCUACGCAGUGGACGAGCCCAUGCUGCGCUUCCUCGAUGACUUCGAGGACUGCCCCGACAUGUACCAACGCACCCCGGCCACCAUCGUGCUGGACGGCGAACCAGGCGCGCCGCAGGAGACGCUGCAGUGCUUCCUCUACAGCAAGGCCACCUACCCGCCCGAGUGGGUCUGCCUGCCCCACCACGAAGAUUACGACUCGCAGGGCGCGCACGGGCUGCGCUACAACCCGCGUGAGAACAGAUGAGCGAGCGCGCGCGCGCGCGCGCACUGGCGCCAACAUGCCCUGCGCGCCCCUCCAGCGGGCGCCCGCGCGGGGCAAGCUGUCUUGCAAAUAAUCCCGCCACGCUGGUCACCCCCAGAUCUCUCCAUCUGACACCUAACCAUAGUGCUUGCUGCUUUCAACGCGCCACUUGGGCUCGCGCGAAAUGCCUGGGAAGAAGAAGGAAGUUAGGAUUGUCAUUUCCAACCCCCCCUCCCCAAAUGACACCUAGAGAAACACCCUUCUUCCUCUCUGCCACCGCUGUCUUUUCUUUGAUUUUUGUGUCUGGCUUCGCUUUUAAUCUGAAGAUAACAUUUGAAAUGAACGCAAAGGCUGUGGUUGCAGGUGAAUUUUUAAAAACUUGUAGCACCAAGGGAAAAUAAUUUUUUUUUA